ACGGCAAAGUUCGAACCACCUCACAGCAACUCUCAUUAGUCCUGUACCAUGAACACCAACAUUAAUCCCAAUCGUAAACAAGCUCAGAACAGCACUCGUGGUCGCGGAGGAGCCCAGCUAGGCCCAGUUGGGCAACAACGGGGUCCUGCUGGGGUUCCUGCACGAAACACCUCUGGACAGCCUGCUAGGCCGCAGCAGGCCUCUCUAGGAGGUAGCGCUGACGAACCACUCCGCUCCCAUGAACAGGCGCUAGAGAAAAUGCGUCGCGAGGUUGGCAUUCGGUAUGAACGGCCUAUUCGUCCAGGGUUCGGUACCCUCGGGAAUCCGGUCACACUGCUUGCCAACUUCUUCGCGUUGAAGAUCACAAAUUCACUUGUCUAUACAUAUAACAUCAAAGUCGAACCAACGAGAAAGGCCAGGGAUGUUCAACGCCGUCUUUUAUCACUCCUCGAGCAGACCAAUAACCAGACUUGGCAAAGUGUCAAGUUCUUCGUGGCAUAUGAUGGGAAAGAGAGGUUGGUAUCUGCCAAGGAGCUGCCUCAGCCCAUGAAGAUCCGCGUGAGGUUCUUCGAGGAAGAACAGAUGCCUGGUCCAAACUCGCCAGAAUAUACUGUCUCCUUCGAAUUGCUCCGCAUGUGGGAGAUUGACGAACUGAUGAAAUUCCUGUGCUGCAACAUCGAUAAUUACGACAUUUCCCCGCUUAUAUCCGCAAUCAACAUCGUUCUUCAGCAACAUGCUUCAUCUACUGCUAUCCGUGUCGGGAACAGUCGCUACUUCGGGUUCCCGGGUUAUAAGGCGAUGGAGCUUUCCCCCGGCCCCACGGGUCUGGAGGCAUUCAGAGGCUUUUUCUUGUCUGCGAGGCCCGUUUUCGGAGAGUUGAUGGUUAAUGUCGGUGUAUCCAUGACACCGUUCUACAAGCCCAUUAGACGACUCGACGUGGCCUAUAAUGAAGACUGCUCCAAUGGGCUGCAACGGUUUGCUCAGAAUGUCAAAGUGACUACCAUGUAUCUCGGUUACAAGAAGCGCUACACCUUGUUCCGGAUCACGUCGUCAUCCGCAGCGGAAACCACGUUCAUCAAGAAUGGGCGCCGAAUUUCAGUCGCCCAGCAUUUCCGGGAAGUGUACAAGAUAUCAUUGGAACAUCCAGAACUUCCCCUCGCUGACCUCGGGACAGAGAGGAGGUCGGUCUUUGUUCCCCUGGAGCUGUGUAUGAUCGAGUCGCAGCCAUUCAGAGGUCUUCUUGACGAUCGUGAAACCACGAAGAUGCUGAACCACUCAUGCCCCUUUCCGAAAGACAACUUUGACGAAAUAGUCAACCAAGGAUUACCCUCGCUUGCCUUGACUGAACCCAAAGCAAGCCUUCUAGACAAGUUUGGCAUAUCGGUCAGCAAGACCAUGACGAAUACUUCUGCACGAGAGCUUCCUCCUCCCAAACGUUUACUGUAUGGUACCGGUCCUCUUACUGUACAGCCAGCAAAGGGUAGUUGGAACCUCGCGAAUGUGAAGUUUCACACUGGAGCUUCUGUUGCUAAAUGGGCGGUUUUAGUCGUCUUUGACGGGCGCAAUCCCACCAGUGACGAAGAUGUGUCUAGAGUGUGGAGAGGCUUCAAAGAAGGUUGUCAGAAGUCGGGAAUGACGUUCGCAAACCAGCCCCCAACUAUUGGCAGAACGUCCCAACUGCCACAAUUUCGGGACAAGGAUCGGUUGGAGGGUACAAAGGAAAUAAAGCGGGUGAUCCAGGACCUCAGAAUGGGCAACCCGACAUUCGUGUUGGUCCUCCUACCCUUCCGUGACACGAAGCUAUACCCCGGCAUCAAACGUAUCUGCGAUGUCGAGCUCGGCAUCCAUUCUAUCACCAUGGUCCUGAGCAAGGUUUUGAAACCAAAGGGUUCGCAGCAGUAUCAUGCCAAUGUCGCCCUGAAGUUGAAUCAGAAACUCGGGGGCAUCAAUCAUGUUCUCGACGCUGAAAGUACACACUGGCUGACGAAGAAGAGCACGAUGCUCGUGGGCAUGGAUGUUACCCACCCUGGACCUGCGAGCAAGGCCGGCACUCCAUCUAUCGCUGCUGUCGUCGCCACCAUUGACAACACCUUUGCGCAAUGCCCUGCGAGUUUGAGGUGUCAGGAGUCAAAGAAAGAGAUGAUAGAUGAUUUGAAAGAGAUGAUGCUAGAGCGGCUGAGGGCGUACAUGAAGAAAAGUGGUUCCAUCCCCCAGAGAGUCAUCGUCUACAGAGACGGCGUCUCGGAGGGCCAAUUUGACACGGUGCUCGAGCACGGCUCUGAGAAGGACAAGAUUCUGGAUGCAUUCAAGGCAAUCCACAAGGAGACAAAGGGUCUUGCUGAAUACCGACCCCAAUUAAGCAUCAUCAUUUGUGGGAAACGCCACCACGCGCGCUUCGGGCCGAACUCUAGGUUCCAGAGUCCAAACGGAAAUACGCGCCCGGGAACUGUCAUUGAUAGACGCGUCACCGCUGUUUUUGAUUUCGACUUUUAUUUGCAGGCUCAUGAUGGGAUCAAGGGCCAUGUGAGACCCACGCACUAUACGGUCAUCUACGAUGAGAGCGGUCUCAGCGCCGACGAUGUGCAGCAGGGCACGCACACCGCAAGUUACUUGUAUGCCCGCGCCACGAAGGCUGUAAGCCUUGUCCCCCUGGCGUAUUAUGCCGACCUGGCAUGCGAGCGGGCUCGGUGUUACCUUGAUGGAUUCCUCAGCUCGGAGCAACCUCCUGCACCUGGUUCCUCAGGUGGGAAGGAUAAAGGGAAGGCCGUGGCGAGAGAUGCUGCAGAGGAAAGAGAGGCGGCCAAGCAACGUGUCUAUGAUGCUGCUAUUCAGGCAUGGGGUAAUGGCGUCCAUGCCAAUUUGAAGGAGACCAUGUUCUAUAUCUGAAGAGAUCGUAUGGAUAACUGGAUUCGUAUCUGUAUGAGUAUUCGCGUUGGAGGGUCAGUUUUAUUAUCCUUUUUGUAUCUGUUCUGUAUGUACUAGUGUACCACACCUUGUGGCAAUAUUGUUAUCACUCGCUUUGAGACUGCGUGGUCAAUCAGGAGAUUCAUCAUAGCACGUG